UGUAUAUAAGUAGUUUAUGUAGAAUCUAAGUAUACUAAACUUCUAUAUUUUUUCUCUCAAAAAUACUGCUCACACUCUUUAACGUCUGCCACAUUUAGUUGAAACAAAAAAAAAUGUGGCGGCUGAAGAUUGCAGAAGGCGGCGGGCCGUAUUUGUACAGCACAAACAACUUCGUCGGGCGGCAAAUAUGGGAGUACGACGAGAACGCCGGGACGCCAGAGGAGCGAGAGGCGCAGCUCGUCGAUUUCCAGAAGGCUCGCGAAGAGUGGAGCGAGAACAGGAAGAAAGGAUUCCAUUCAUGCGGAGAUUUGUUUCUGAGAUUGCAGCUGAAGAGGGAGAGCGGAAUCGAUCUACUCGGGAUUCCUCCGGUGAGGAUUGGAGAGAAUGAAGAGAUUAGUUAUGAAGCUGCAACGACCGCGGUCAAGAAGGCCUUGCGGGUGAACCGGGCGGUCCAAGCCAGCGAUGGCCAUUGGCCGGCCGAGAAUGCCGGCCCGCUUUUCUUCACUCCUCCUUUGGUAACUUUUUAUGAGUCAUAGUAAAUUUUUUUUACU